AAGAAAAGCCUGAAAACAGCUGGUAUUCGGUAUUCAGAAGGUUGGAACAGUUGCAUCCAAGUUAAACUGAUAAAUUAACAAUCCCGCAACUCAUGCAGGACUGUUUCUGGAAGUGUAGAGCAGUGAGAGCACAACGUAUAUAUCGAAAGAUGUCGUCGCCGCCGCUAGCCAGAGGAAGUGUUGAACUCGAGCCGGGCCAUGCCAACGCCAUAUCUUCCUCCAGUCAAACCCCGGUUCGGCGAUCUCCUGGCUGGUCGCGAUCUCAUAGGCUGAUCAGACCUGGAAUCGCUCGUCCGCUUCAGGACACCAUACCGCUACGUCUUCGCCCGCAUCCGCCUUGGGUGGCUGGAUUCCCUGUCCCUGCAAAACCAAAAACUCGGGUAAAAAUAGCCUUCUGCCGAUCCAGAAUUUUUCAAAGCCAAGAAAAUGGCGAGGAGGAGAGAAGUGGAAGGAGAAUGAAGAGGCGAUCCGUGUUAUGGCAGCCGAAAUCGGGGGGACCUCUCUCCUCUCGUCUCUUGUUUUUCAAUCACUUGUCCGCCUUCUUACUCCCCUGGCUACGUCCCCCCUCCUCUUCACCCACUCACACAUCUGGUGCGUGGCUCCGAGUCAGGGCAGAGACCUCACUCGUAACGUAAAUUAACUCUCCGGUGGAGCUGCUGGUCGCCGCCGUUCUGGCAGUGCUAUUGUAAAAGCUCGCCACCGUCGCAUUUUCCACCUCAUAUGAACUCCAGCUCUUCCUUCUACUUCAGAAGCUUCCCAGCGUUCCGCGAUUCUCAGCAAAUCAAACAGAUUUAAUCUCGAUUGAGCCGAUUCGCUUCUGCGAUUACGUUUUAUUGAGUUAAGGAUGCCAUUCAAGAGCAUUGUUCGUGAGCUGAAGGAGAUGAAAGAUGGGGUUGGGAGUAGGUCUGGCCGAGGUGGUGAAGGAAAGCGGUGGAGAGGCAGGGCACGGUCACAUAUAGCUCCUGAUGAAACUUCAAUGGUUGAAUCUGAACAAUCCAUGGAGCAAGGCCAGUGGGCCAACUUGCCCCCUGAAUUGCUCUUGGACAUCAUCAGGAGGGUGGAAGAGACCGAGACCUCGUGGCCUGCUCGUGCUGUUGUUGUUCAUUGUGCUUCAGUUUGUAAGUCAUGGAGAGAAGUUACAAGGGAAGUUGUGCAGACUCCUGAACAGUGUGGGAGGCUUACAUUCCCAAUCUCAUUGAAACAGCCGGGUCCUCGUGAGUCUCCAAUACAGUGCUACAUCAGAAGGGAUCCUCUGACCUCCACGUUUCUGUUGUAUUCCGGAUUAAUGCCUUCAGCUGAGGGCAAGAAGGAUAAAUUGCUUUUGGUAGCAAAGAGAAUCAGAAGGACAACUUGCACGGAUUUCAUUAUAUCUCUGGUUGCAAAUGAUUUUUCUCGCUCCAGCAACAACUACAUUGGAAGACUCAGGUCAAACUUCCUGGGGACUAAGUUCACCAUAUUGGAUAGGCAAUCUUCAUAUGAAGCUCCAACACAAUCUGGCAAGCGGACAAGCCGCAAUGGAUUCCAUUCCAGACAGCCAUCUUCUCGAACACCCAGCUCUAGCUACACCAUAGGCACAAUCAACUACGAGCUGAACGUCCUCCGCACAAGAGGGCCGAGAAGAAUGCAUUGUGUCAUGAACUCUAUCCCAGUCUCUUCCGUGGAGGAAGGUGGCAGUGUCCCAACAACAGCAUCACUGCCAGAGACAGCAGCUGAUGAACAGCAGUUCUCUCCUUCACCAGUCUUCAAAGGAAGCAGUGGAGGAGCAGGGUCAGAUAUCAGUUCCACCAACAGCCCAUCAGAGUCACCAAUGGUAAUCCCUGGCUCACUAGGAGAGCCUUUAAUCCUCAAAAAUAGGGCUCCCAGGUGGCACGAGCAGCUUCAAUGUUGGUGCUUGAACUUCAGGGGGCGAGUUACAGUUGCUUCCGUUAAGAAUUUCCAACUUAUUGCGGCAUAUGAGCCCCACCACCACAAUGUGCCAGCUGCAGAACACGAUAGGGUCCUUUUACAGUUUGGGAAGAUUGGUAAAGACAUAUUCAGCAUGGACUAUAGCUACCCGCUUUCUGCAUUUCAAGCAUUUGCACUCUGCCUCAGCAGCUUUGAUACCAAACCAGCCUGUGAAUGAAUGAAUGAUAACAGAGUCGAGAAAUCAGUUGGCAAUACAGUUACUCCAUAUCCUGUGGUAUGUGGGAUCACUGUUUUCUAAUACACGACUGUGUGUGUGUUUUAUUAUGGAAGCUCAACUGAAGUUCAAAAGGAGGUUGUGUUGCUGUAUUGUAUAGCUGUGCAGUAUUGGCAAUUUGCGUAAUCAUACCAGCAGCUUGAAUUACUAAAAUUAUUUUCUUGACCGUCAAGAGAGAACUGGUUUGUUCUUAGAGCGGUAGCUAGUUCAAGUGAGAUUUAGUUGGAACCUUGGCUAUCUUCCUAUAAAGGUUUCAGCCAAUUUUGGGUCUUAGUUGGCUUACACUAUAGGGUUCUGCAGUUUUCAUUUGCUUUUAUAUCUCUGCCGACGAGGGAGGGGGGAAUUAAACUACUUCGUUGACUACUUACAACAACUUGUAGCUUCUGGUUAUUGUAUUCAUGAGAUUGAUCUUGUAAUAAUCAAAAGUCAUUGUUAUUGCAAUAUUCCCUUCUUCAGUAAUUUAAUGAUUACCAUCUUUCGGGUAAAUGUCACGUUUGGUCACUAAGAUUACUAAAUCGUGUAAUGUUUAGUCACUAG